AGGUGAGACCUCUUCGGAACCCGGUGUGUUGUUACGCAACACGCAGCUUCGUCACUUCGGGUUUCUUCGUCAUGAAGAACGGGAAACUCCGCACGAGCCCAAAGAUAAAAAGUCCAAACUGCUUCAAAUGGAAGCUGAAAGAGACGUUAACGAGUUUAACGGCGGACGGAGACCAGGACCGAGACAGCCGCCCUGACAGACAUGAACUCUGCGAUCGUCGCUCUGCUGCACUGCUUCCUGUUGGCAGAUUUCAUCCAAUUAGCUCCCGUCUCUCCGUCCAACCCGUCGGCGCUCAUUGAGGCGGCCGAGCGAGCGAAGAUGCUGGUGGAGAAAAUCCUGAGAGACGUUCCUGCCGUGCACGCCGCCACUGUCACCAUCGAGGGUUUGACCCUUGACUCCGCCCACACAGCUAACCUGCAGAUGAUGGUGACAUCACUGGGCAUCCCCUCCGCCCCUGUCCUCAAACCGCUGUCGGAAAGCUUCACGCUGGACGUCUGUGUGAGCCGCAUGUCAGCCGGCAGCCGGUUGUACCAAAUGAUUUUGGAAGUUUUAUCUGGUCGCCUGAGCGGACUGAGUGACCUGCAGGCCGACCUGAGAGACCUGCAGACCCACAUCACCAAGAUGAAGGAGGCAUUUCAGCUCAGCGUUGUCGAGGCGGAUCAGAACCAGAACCUGGACCUGGCUUCCCGUCUCCAUGGUAACUAUGGGGUGCAGGUAGCGGCUCACCUGACGCUGACUCAGCUCCGCUCCUUCUGUCACGACCUGACCCGCAGCCUGAGAGCCGUCGCCACCUACAGGCCCCGCCCUGCAGGUACACACUAAGCCCCGCCCACCGGUAGCACUUGGGAACGAGGCGCCUAAAGGUCGUGACCUUUAUGUUGCAGUGCA